AUGUCAGGCAUCUUCAGCAAGCUCAUGGCCUACUUCUCCCCAGCACCAGAGAAGCCAACAUUCCGCAUCACCGCACUCGUCGCGCCCGCAACGUCACAACAAUACUUCUCCGACUCCAGCUUCUCACACGCCGAUCUGAUUGGCAUCAACGAAACCAUCACGUUCGAUGUCGACUGCGAUGCAAUCCCCAAAAGCAUCCGCUGCAGCUGCCUAGCCUCGGGACGCGAAUGCAAAGCAGAGUACCUGAAGGAGCACUACGUUAUUGAGUGGGCAGCGGGCAGCAUCAUGGAGAACGAAGAGGUGGAAAUUGGAGGAGAAACUGUACGCAGGGAGAAGAAGGGGCGGCCUAAGAUUUGGGAGGGUUGGUGCAAGGAUGGUGGCAUGGUUUAUUUGAGUCCUACGGAAAGGCUGAGCUGUAUUGAGGGCUAUGAUGAGCAUGUGAGGGAAGAAAGGGAGAGUGAUCGGUUGAAGAAGGCGAACUCGUUUUAG